AUGAAUCUUCAUGAAAGUAGUCUGACUCUUGCCUUUUGCAUGCAGAUUGCAAUUGGGGUUCUGGGGAACUCUUUUCUGAUUUGUCUCUUCACUGUCACUGUCCUCAGUGGACAAAGAAUGAGACCCAUAGAUAUGAUUCUAAACCAGAUAGCCUGGGCCAACUCCUCAAUGAUUAUCUCCAAGAGCAUUCCACAAACACUGGUAGCCAUGAACCUGAAGAACUUCUUGAAUGUCUAUGGUUGUAAAUUUUUCUUUUAUCUCCAUAGGGUAUAUUGUGGUCUUUCCCUAAGCAUGACCUGCCUCCUGAGUAGCCUUCAGGCUAUCACCAUUAGUCCCAGAAGCUCCAGAUGGGCAGAGUUUAGGGAUAAAAUCCCACAGUACAUGAUCCCCACGUGUUCCCUCUCUUGGGCCUUUCAUUUGCUAUUAAAUAGCAUUGUUCUUGAGAAAGUCAAAGGACCAAGGAAAUCUAGAAACAUCUCAAACAUCCUGUCUUAUGGAUAUUGUUCCACUUCAGAGAUGACCACAGUUAGUACUACACUAUUUAUAGUUGUAGUCUCCUUCCCUGAUGUGGUGUGUGUGUGGAUAAUGGUCUUUACCAGUGGCUACAUGGUGUGGCUUCUGUAUAAGCACCACAAGGAAGUCCAGCAUAUCCACAUGGCCAACCUUUCCCCCAGAUCAUCCCCUGAGAUCAGUGCCACUCAGUCUAUCUUGCUCUUGGUGAGCACCUUUGUGUCCUUUUACUCAAGUAAUUCCAUCUUGGCAGCAUACAUACAUUUAAGAAAGCCAGGACUCUGGUUGGUUCACAGCUCUACGUUUUUGGCUGCCUGCUUCCCAACUGUUAGCCCAUUUGUGCUUCUCAGCACUGACUCCCAGCUUCAAAAGUACAGUGCUCUGUUUUGGAGAAGGAAUAAGCCACGUUUUUUGCCUUUCUCUGAAUCCCUAGUGCCUAACCAAGAAUCUGACUCAUUAAUAAGCUCUUUAUUAGUUGAAUGA